UACACGGUUGUUGGUGACAAUUUUCGCCCCGCAAAGUAGCUUCGAACCGGACGAACGAUGGCGAGCGAAGUGCAAAAUUUCUACAAAAACAAGUACAUCUUCCUGACCGGAGGGACGGGAUUUCUGGGCGUCGCGAUCAUCGAGAAGAUCCUACGCUCCAUGCCGGAGAUUGCAGGAAUCUACCUGCUUAUGCGCCCGAAGAAGGGCAAAGCGAUCCAGGAACGGCUGCAGGAUUUAACGAAAAACUCGGUCUUUGAGCAACUGCUGCAAACGCAAUCGGCCGACGUCUUCAAGAAGCUCAUUCCCGUGUCGGGCGAUGUGGGCGAAAACUUUCUCGGCCUGUCGCACGAGGACCAGGCCACGAUUAUCGAAAACACCAACGUGGUCAUCCACUCGGCCGCCACGCUCGACUUCCAGGCCACACUCCGCCCGACGGUGAACAUUAAUUUGCUGGGCACGAAGCGCGUGCUGGACCUGUGCUCACGGAUGCGCAAUCUGAAGAGUGUGGUGCACGUGUCGAGUGCGUACGUGAACUCGUACCUUUCCGAGGCCGAGGAAAAGUUGUACCCUUGCACCGAGACGUCGCAGAAAGUGAUCGACCUUGUGGACACGCUCAGCGAUUCCGCCCUUGACGAUCUGCUGCCAAAGUUGCUGAAGGACCACCCGAAUGCGUACACCUUCACCAAGCAGCUGGCCGAGCACGAGGUCAGCAACCAUGCGGCACAGUUCCCGUGUGCCAUUAUCAGACCCAGCAUGAUUACCGGUGCGUGGAAGGAACCGACCCCCGGGUGGACCAUCUCCAAGAACGGGCCACAGGGAUUCUUGAUGGGUGCCUCGAAGGGCAUCAUCCGUCGGUUACCGGUCGGCGUGGACCUCGUGUGCGACUACAUACCGGUGGACGCCGUGGUCAAUCAAACCCUUUGCCUCGGUUGGUACAUGGGCACCAAUAGCUUCCGUGAGGUGAAAGUGUUCCACUGUACCUCGGGCACCACCAAUCCGUUCAAAUGGCGCUCGGUGAUCGAUCAGAUGAACGAUUACCUGCACAAGUACCCACUGAAGUCGGCCAUCUGGUAUCCGCGCUUGAAGUUCGUGUCGAGCCUCUGGUUGUACAAGCUGUCCGCAAUCUUUGUCCACAUCUUGCCCGCCCUGGUGCUGGAUUUCGUGCUGCGAAUCACCGGCGGACGCCCGAUGCUGAUGCGCCUGCACACGAACGUGUGGGACUCGCUGAACCGGCUGGAGAAAUUCAUCUUCAACGAGUGGAAAUACUACAAUCCGGCCACACAGCAGCUCGCCCAGUCGCUGUCGGAGCAGGAUAAGGAUUUGUUCAACUUCAACAUCGCGCAGCUGCAGUGGCCCGAGUACUUUGUCGAACUGACGCAAGGCGUGCGCCAGUAUCUGAACAACGAAAAACCGAAAUCGCUCGAUGCCGCUCGGAAGAAAGAUAAGAUGCUGUUCGUCGUGGACGUCGUGUUCCAGGUGCUGGUGUUCUCCCUGCUCGGGAUGCUCCUGGCAACGCUGUUCGGAUCGUCCACCAGCUACUUCUGGGUGUUUGGAGGCAUCAGCUAUUUGCUGUUCAGUUUACUCUAGGCCGGACGCGCCACUCGGCCACCUUCCCGUGCAUUUCAAUACCUCUCCACAUUUAACCGCCCGCUAACCGGGUGUGUCCUACGUUAAGAACUCUCACAUCCAUCUGCCAGCGACGGCUCGUCGGGCUGGCUGCCGGGUGUUACGGUGGGUAUCUGUUCCCCUGUGUUUUGUUUUGUGGUUACGGAAGUCGGCAAAAAGUACAUUAAAAACGACUCAUAAAAAAAUGAAUAAAAAGCC